CGUCGGGUGUCGCUUGUAUAACAGCUCUGCCCUAGUUAUCUCUUUGUGAGGCGAGGAUCCCUCCAUUGGCGAGCCAGCCGUGUAAGGUGUCGGGAGAUCUGUGCGAGGAAGCCCAUUGGCACAGCCCAACCCGAAGCCCCCCAGGAGGGGAGAAUCACUGCUUGGCCAGAAAUCAGCUCCUCUCAAAUAAGGAUCCCCGCCCCCUUCCAUGGUACCUGGGUGGAGCAAGUUGCGGUGCCCUCCGGUCCCUGUUAAUUGAGAACAGAAAACAGACAUCGAUACAUGCCGUGCAGUCUGUUAAGGGCACCGUGCGCCUCUGCUAGGACGAGGAGCUCUUUGUUCUGUCUUUGGUACGUGGCGCAUUAAUGAAAGUCUUCACGCCGUUGGCGAAAGAAAACGUUGUGUGAUGUGAUCCUUAUGGUCCAGGAAAGAAAAAUACCUGCUCAUCGUGUUGUCCUUGCUGCAGCCAGUCAUUUUUUUAACUUAAUGUUCACAACUAACAUGCUGGAAUCAAAGUCCUUUGAGGUAGAACUCAAAGAUGCUGAACCCGACAUCAUUGAACAACUUGUAGAAUUUGCUUAUACUGCAAGAAUUUCUGUCAAUAGCAACAACGUUCAGUCUUUAUUAGAUGCAGCAAACCAGUAUCAGAUUGAACCUGUGAAGAAAAUGUGUGUUGAUUUUUUAAAAGAACAAGUUGAUGCUUCAAAUUGUCUUGGAAUAAGUGUGCUGGCCGAGUGUCUGGACUGCCCUGAAUUGAAAGCAACUGCAGAUGACUUUAUUCAUCAGCACUUUACUGAAGUUUACAAAACAGAUGAAUUUCUACAACUUGAUGUCAAGCGAGUUACGCAUCUCCUCAACCAGGACACUUUGACUGUAAGAGCAGAGGACCAGGUUUAUGAUGCUGCAGUCAGGUGGUUGAAAUACGAUGAACCUAAUCGCCAGCCAUUUAUGGUUGAUAUCCUUGCUAAAGUCAGGUUUCCUCUUAUAUCAAAGAAUUUCUUAAGUAAAACGGUACAAGCUGAACCACUUAUUCAAGACAAUCCUGAAUGCCUUAAGAUGGUGAUAAGUGGAAUGAGGUAUCAUCUCCUGUCUCCAGAGGACCGAGAAGAACUGGUAGAAGGCACAAGGCCAAGGAGGAAGAAACAUGACUACCGCAUUGCCCUAUUUGGAGGCUCUCAACCACAGUCUUGUAGAUAUUUUAACCCAAAGGACUAUAGCUGGACAGACAUCCGCUGUCCUUUUGAAAAACGAAGAGAUGCAGCAUGCGUGUUUUGGGACAACGUCGUAUACAUUUUGGGUGGCUCUCAGCUUUUCCCCAUUAAACGAAUGGACUGCUAUAAUGUGGUGAAGGAUAGCUGGUAUUCCAAACUGGGACCUCCAACCCCUAGAGACAGCCUGGCCGCCUGUGCUGCAGAGGGCAAAAUUUAUACAUCCGGUGGUUCCGAAGUCGGGAACUCAGCUCUGUAUUUAUUCGAGUGCUACGACACGCGGACUGAGAGCUGGCACACCAAGCCCAGCAUGCUGACCCAGCGCUGCAGCCAUGGCAUGGUGGAGGCCAACGGCCUCAUCUACGUUUGUGGUGGGAGUUUGGGGAACAAUGUUUCUGGCCGCGUGUUGAAUUCCUGUGAAGUUUAUGAUCCUGCCACAGAAACGUGGACUGAGCUUUGUCCAAUGAUUGAGGCCAGGAAGAAUCAUGGAUUGGUGUUUGUAAAAGAUAAGAUAUUUGCUGUGGGUGGUCAGAAUGGCUUAGGUGGUCUGGACAACGUGGAGUAUUACGAUAUUAAGUUAAAUGAAUGGAAGAUGGUCUCACCAAUGCCGUGGAAGGGUGUAACGGUGAAGUGUGCAGCCGUUGGCUCUAUAGUCUAUGUUUUGGCUGGUUUUCAAGGUGUGGGUCGAUUAGGACACAUCCUCGAAUAUAAUACUGAAACAGACAAAUGGUUCGCCAACUCCAAAGUUCGAGCAUUUCCAGUUACAAGUUGUUUAAUUUGUGUUGUUGAUACUUGUGGAGCAAAUGAAGAAACACUUGAAACAUGAAAAAUGAGUUGACUUCAAGACUCAUUGGAGACUCAAAAAUAUGGCCACCAGUGCUUCGUUCCAAGAGUGUGGUUACAAAGAUUUAAUUUGGUGGGGUUUUUUUUUUUUUAGAAGGAAGUUUCAAGUAAAGAAAGAUCCCUAUAAAAUAGAUGUUUUUUAUAUGGAUUUCCUUACUUGACUAAAAGACCUUAUUUUAGAUGGCCACAUAAUCAUGAACAUAUCUAGCAAGAAAACUUGAAAAAUAAUAAGCAUCAGUGAAAAUACAAAUUCUUAAAUGAAUUUCACAUUUGUAACUAUGAUUUUGACAGAGAGGGGGAUUGGAUCAUCAGUGAAACAGUCUCAUCUUAGCUCUAGAUUCUAUUUUCAUACAUCACAGAAGCGCUGUGUAAUUAGGUCUGUUUGUUUUGAUUCACUCAAGGACUAAGAAAUAGUAUGGAGCAGUUUAGUCCCACAUAAUUUAGCUUGUCUUCUUUGUUUCUUCCAUUUAGUGCCAAAUGUGUUCCAUUUUUAAGAGCAGGGCAGAGUGAGUCAAGGCAUACACAUACUCUCUUACAAACUUCAUAAUCUCAUUUUAGGACUUUAAAAAAUAUACUAUACUCCUGAUGAAAUAUAUUCAACCCAAUUAAAUAUAUUCCAUCUUUUAAACAAAUAUCGUUUAGCACCCAUAAUUAAUUUAUAUCACUGUUUUACCCAAUGCUUAAAAAAAUUAUUACGCCUUGGCCCUGGACAGGUAGCUCAGUUGGUUAGAGUGUCGCCCUGGUACACCUAGGUUGUUGGUUCAGUACCAUCAGGGUACAUAUAAGAAUCAACCAAUGAAUGCAUAAAUAGUGCAACAAUGAAUUGAUGUUUCUCUCUUUCUCCUUCCCACCCUGCCCCUUCCUCUCUCUCUCUCUAAAAUCAACAAAUGAAAUGAUUGUCUCUUCAGUCCUCACUUUAAAUAAAAUCCAAUUAUAAUAAGAAUGAUUAGCCAAAAAAUACAGCUAUUUAGAGAAAAUUCAUAGGUCACUAGAAUAGCACUGAUAGUUAUACAAUAUCAAUGUUGACUUUGAACUUCUUAUGGACUACAAAGGUACAUGAUUUCCUUAGCAAGACAUAUCAGAGGUACUUGACCCCAUUGUCUCUAAAGUUUUAUAAUAAUUUGAAUUAAGUAUUUGUCAUCUCAUUAAUUGCUUUUAUAUGGUAAAUAAAUCUCCUCCAAACCCAUCUGCCGUUUCUUUCCUAGUAAUGCUUUGCCCUUUUACAUUAUGAAGUAUAUAUAUAGAAUGAGCCAUAUAAAGCUGUCACCAUCAAUGUUUCUACCUGGAAAUAUUAAAUAUUUUUAACUUAAAAUAGACUGCUAAAUUUAUUUGUUCUUUACUUUAGAUGUGUUAGAUAAUGAUUGUUUUUAAAAUUUGCAAAGCAGCGUUUCUAUUUUAAUUUUCAUUGUUUUCUUUAUAUGGGAGUUAUAUAAUCUUAAGCACUAAAAAUGUUUAAAUGAGAAUGAAAUUGUAAAAAACAUAAUGAUAUAUUUGUAUUUAUGUGGGUUUUGUAUGUACAUAACAGCUUUACUGAGAUAUAAUUCACAUACCAAACAACUCACCAUUUAAAGUGUACUGUUCAUUGGUCUUUAAUAUAUUCACAGAGUUGUGCAACUAUCACCACAAUUUUGGAACAUUUUCAUCACCACAGAAAGAAACCCCACACUCACGAGCAGCCACUCCCCCAGUUUCUCCAUGUAUUAGUUCCCUGUGGCUCCUGCAACAAAUUACCACAAGCGUGGUGGCUUAAAACAGCAGAUGUAUUCUUCCUCAGUUCAGGACACCAGAAGCCCUACACGGAGGUCUUGUCAGGGUUGCUUCCUCCUGGAGGCUCUGAGGCAGAAACUGCCUGAGCCUCUCCCCUGGCUUCCGGUGGUUGCUGGCAUCCUUGCGGUUCCUUGGCUUGUAAACUCCCUCACUUCAUUCACUGCCUUUGUUUUUACAUGGCUUUCUUGCCACUGUGCCUGUGGCUUUAUGUGGUGGCAUAAAGACAGCUGAGUCAUUGGGUUUAGCCCACCUCCCCCCCAACCCCCAUCCAGUGUGACCUAAUCUUAACUGAUGACAUUUGCAAAGACCCUGUUUCCAAAUAAAGUCACAUCCUGAAGUACUAGGUGGUCAUAAGUUUUGGGGGGACAUUGUUCAACCCAGUUAUAACCCUCAAACACUCAGCCCUAGACAACCAUUAAUCUUUCUUUCUCUAGAUUUGCCUAUUCUGAACAUUUUUAUGAUGGGUUUUGAAUUUUUCACUCCACUGAAAAAAAUGUGGGAAAACAUAAAUCUUCAUUCAGGAACUUCUACAAAAUAACAAGCUAGAAUCUUUAAUAGUGUCAAGGUCAUGAAAGUCAAGGAAAGACUGAGGAAAUGUUCCGGGAUGUAGGAGACCAAAGAAACAUAAGGCUCACCUUGGCCAGGAGGUUCAGCUGGUUGGAGCGUCGUCCCAUACACCAAAAGGUGGUGGGUUCAAUCCCCCAGUCGGGGCACAUGCCUAGGUUGUGGGUUUCAUCCCUGACCUGGGCACAUACAGGAGGUGACCAAUCAAUGUCUCUGUCUCUCUGUCUCUCUCAAAUGUCAGUAAAAUCAGAGCCUCUAUCCCAUAUGCCCAGGUUUCAGGUUCCAUCCCUCAUCGGGGCACAUGCAAGAAUCAACUAGUGAAUGCACAAAGAAGUGGAAAAACAAAUCAAUGUUUCUUUCUCCCUCUCUCUAAAAUCAAAAUUCUUAAAGAUAUGAGUAAGGCAAUAUAUAUAUUAACAUAUGAUGGGGAAGCAAGAACAUACAAUGGGGUAAAGACAGUCUAUUCAAUAAAUACUCAAGGGGACAUCAGACAAAUACAUGUAAAAACAUGAAAAAUACACCAUCUUAUACCAUAUACAAAAAUAACUCAGAAUGGAUUAAAGGCUCAAAACCAUAAAAUUCCUAAAAGAAAACUAAAAUCUCUGACACCUCCCUUAGCAACAUUGUUUCUGUUAUAUCUCCUCUGGCAAAGGGAAAAAAUGGGGACUAAAAAGUUUUUGCACAGCAAAGGAAACCAACAAAAAGAAAAGAAAACCUGAAUUGAAAAUGUUCACCA